AUGACCAAAAACCACAGAAUCGCUAGUAGUUUACGUGGAAAUCAGGUACAUACACAGUUAGCUAGCAAUGACUGGGAAAAAAACAUGGCUGCCAAGGAGAAACUGGAGGCAGUGCUGAACGUGGCCCUGCGGGUGCCGAGCAUCAUGCUGCUGGAUGUCCUCUAUCGGUGGGAUGUCAGCUCCUUCUUCCAGCAGAUUCAAAGAAGUAGCCUCAAUAACAACCCUCUUUUCCAGUACAAGUAUUUGGCUCUCAAUAUGCAUUAUGUAGGUUAUAUCUUGAGUGUUGUGCUACUAACCUUACCCAGGCAGCAUCUGGUUCAGCUUUAUCUAUAUUUUUUGACGGCCCUGCUCCUCUAUGCUGGACAUCAAAUCUCCAGGGACUAUGUUAGGAGUGAACUGGAGUCCGCCUAUGAAGGACCAAUGUAUUUAGAACCUCUCUCCAUGAAUCGAUUUACCACAGCCUUAAUAGGUCAGCUGGUGGUGUGUACGUUAUGCUCCUGUGUCAUGAAAACGAAGCAGAUUUGGCUCUUUUCAGCUCACAUGCUUCCUCUGCUAGCACGCCUCUGCCUUGUUCCUCUGGAGACAAUUGUUAUCAUCAACAAAUUUGCUAUGAUUUUUACUGGUUUGGAAGUUCUCUACUUUCUUGGGUCUAACCUUCUAGUACCUUAUAAUCUUGCCAAGUCUGCAUACAGAGAGUUGGUUCAGGUAGUGGAGGUGUAUGGCCUUCUAGCCUUGGGAAUGUCCCUGUGGAAUCAGCUGGUAGUCCCUGUAUUGUUCAUGGUUUUCUGGCUCGUCUUAUUUGCUCUUCAGAUUUACUCCUACUUCAGUACUCGAGAUCAGCCUGCCUCACGAGAGAGGCUUCUUUUCCUUUUCCUGACAAGUAUUGCUGAAUGCUGCAGCACUCCUUACUCACUUUUGGGUUUGGUCUUCACGGUUUCUUUUGUUGCCUUGGGUGUUCUGACACUCUGCAAGUUUUACUUGCAGGGUUACCGAGCUUUCAUGAAUGAUCCUGCCAUGAAUCGGGGCAUGACAGAAGGAGUUACGCUGUUAAUCCUGGCGGUGCAGACUGGUCUGAUAGAACUGCAAGUUGUUCACCGGGCAUUCCUGCUCAGUAUUAUCCUUUUCAUUGUUGUAGCUUCUAUUCUCCAGUCUAUGUUAGAGAUUGCAGAUCCUAUUGUUUUGGCACUGGGAGCAUCUAGAGACAAGAGUUUAUGGAAACACUUCCGUGCGGUGAGCCUUUGUUUAUUUUUACUGGUAUUCCCUGCUUAUAUGGCUUACAUGAUUUGCCAGUUUUUCCACAUGGAUUUUUGGCUUCUUAUCAUUAUUUCUAGCAGCAUUCUCACCUCUCUUCAGGUUCUGGGAACACUGUUUAUUUAUGUCUUAUUUAUGGUCGAGGAAUUCAGAAAAGAGCCAGUAGAAAACAUGGACGAUGUCAUCUACUAUGUGAAUGGCACUUACCGCCUGCUGGAGUUUCUCGUGGCCCUGUGCGUGGUGGCCUAUGGCGUCUCAGAGACCAUCUUUGGAGAAUGGACAGUGAUGGGCUCAAUGAUCAUCUUCAUCCAUUCCUACUAUAAUGUGUGGCUUCGGGCCCAGCUAGGGUGGAAGAGCUUCCUGCUCCGCAGGGACGCUGUGAAUAAGAUUAAAUCAUUACCCAUCGCUACGAAGGAGCAGCUGGAGAAGCACAACGAUAUUUGUGCCAUCUGUUAUCAGGACAUGAAAUCCGCUGUGAUCACACCAUGCAGUCAUUUCUUCCACGCAGGCUGCCUCAAAAAGUGGCUGUACGUCCAGGAGACCUGCCCGCUCUGCCACAGCCAGCUCAAGAAUGCCUCACAGCUGCCUGGCUUAGGCACCGAGCCGGCCCCACAGCCUCCCGCCGGAGCCGAGCAGCACGCACUCCAGGGAGGCACUGAAGCCCCGGGCCAGGAGCGGCCUCGGGGGCCUGGGGCACAAGAAGGUUCUAGGGAUAAGGAUGAGGGUGUUGCCAGAAGAUCAGAUAGCCAGGAAGGGACUUGUGAGCCCAAGGAAAAUCCUCCUGGUGCAAAAGAUGAAGCUCUUCCUGUUGAGGUCCGCCUAGAAGAGAAGCAGCAGGAGUAG